AUGACUGUUUUUGUAGGACCCGGUCGACCUCCCGUCGCUCGUGGCGAAUCCAUAACCGCCAAACUGGUUUUUUUGGAGGGCGCUCUCAAGCACGAACAAAAGCGCAUGAAACAUGUGCUGCAAGUGAUGGAUGACGAGACCCAGAAGCGAGAGCAACAGGCCCAGAAAGUCCCACAGGAGCGGUUGCCUGACUUCAUCCUGAACACAGACUUUCGGGCCUAUGAGCGGCGGCGGACGGAAGAACAGGCGGAUGCGGAGGGCGCAGGCGCCCAGCAGCAACAGCAGCAGCAAAAGGACUUUUCACUGCUGGCGAAGGACCCCGAGUUGCGGCGGAAGAUGAUGGAGCAGCGCAAGAAGAUGCUCGAGUACGGUAAACGUGUCAACGUGGUGAAGGGCGCUCCAGGCAUCAAGCCGCUCAACCUACCCGCCAUUAAGUCCAAAGUAGCCGCCACAUGGAAGCCUGAAGAACACGGCAACCACGCGGAUGAAGAGGACGGAGGUAGUGAGGCGAACCUGUGGGCGUCCCCCCAGCCCGCCGAGUGGCGCCUGAGGACGCACCAGGCACGGCGGCGGCUGUUCCUGCUGGUGGGAGCCAUAGCCAGGUGGCAGCUGGCUAUGUCCCGCAGACCGGGGCCCAAGCGCUUGCCCCGGGUUAAUUCCUUCAGCUACUUCAUACCGCAGGAGUCUGCCGUCGAGCCCGGCCUGGAGCGCGUUCCCCCUGUGGACCUGUCACCGCCGCAUUAUCAUCGCAAGAAACAACAGCCGCAGCAGCCAGCUGUCGAGGCGCUGGCAGAAGUCCCCGAGCGGCUACGCCAGGGCCGCGGCCCGCCACGGCGAGGCGUAUCUGACAGCGGCUGCCCGGCAACGGCCGCCGCGGCGGCUGCUGCUGUCGCAGCAGUCGACGGUGAAGCAGCGGCCGCAGUCGCAGCUGGCGGAGGCGGCGAUGAAGCCAGACCCAAGCGGAAGCCAGAGCUCCGGAAAUCUUCGUCGGGCAAGUGCUCCUCCUCCUCGCUUCCCGAAGCCCUCAUCCCGGGCCACACGUCGGACGUGGAGGCCUACGGGCCGCCGCGCCGUCCCUGCAGCGGCCGAAUAGCAUCCACACGCCUGCCCGCUAUCGGCAGCGGUCGCAUGUCGGCGUCCGGCACAGGGGCAUCUGACGUCAACAGUCCGCAGCUGGUGCCUCGGCAGCCUCGCGGCAAGCUGGGCCGCAUCCCCUCCGGCGGGCCCCGCCCGGGCGGCGGCCGGACCCGUCGCCAGUCGGAUAGCUCCGUGGCCAUGGCAGCGGCGGCUGCGGCGGGUACGGCCCUGCCGGCGACCCUUGCGGCAGGAGCGGCGACCACCAUCGCACCCGCCAGCCCCGCGGCGGUCAUUCAGCGCCGUGGGUCGGCAGCCGUUGGCGUCCGCAGCGGUGCUGGCUGGGGGUCACGGGGCUCUGAUUGCGGAUCCAUGCAGCGACAACGAGAGCUCAGUGAUGCCGGCGCCGCUGCCGUUGCUGCUGGCGGCGGUGGCGGCCCGCUGCCCGUUGGAGCUCGCGUGUCGAUGUCAGGGGGCAUGCCUGGCGCAACAGGCUCCCCACGCCGUAGCGUUACGGGGCAGCUGCUCGCGCUGAUGAGCGCUGGCAGUGCGCCCCCGGAUUCUCCCAGCUGUAGCGGCGGAGGCGGCGGCAGUGGAGGCGGCGCCGGAUCGAAUGGGGGCUUCUUACCGCGCAUUUCAAGCUCGAACGGUGUGAGCGGCGGCGGUGCCGGCGGGCAGGUGCCGUCACCAAAGCCCAUGACGGUGGCACAAGCUCGCCGUCUGGCCCUUCUUGCGGAGGCUGGCGCCCUAGUGAGCGGCGAGGAUGCGGCGGGGCGGGGCAACGUGGCCGCUGCAUCCUCACCCUCACGGCUUGGGCCCCUGAAGCUGGGGAACAGCGGCAGCGGCACCCCGUUGGGCAGCGGCGCCUCGCGCUCCCCCGACAAGGCCGCCAGCAUUGCGGCAGCCGCUGCCGCCCUCGCCUGCGCGGGAGGUGGCGCCAGUGGCGGCAGCAUCCUGGACGCACUGUGCCAGGCCCGUGACAGCACGGGAGCCCCAUCCACCACCACGGCCUCUCCGCUGGCGUUACCACUGGCGGCUGGGGGCAUGAGGGAGCUGCGGGAGGCGAUGGCGCUCGCCAAUGGUGGUGGAGGACUGCCCCCGGGGGCCCCCCUAAGUCCCAUGGCGAGCCCAGUCGCCCUCUCCUCCACCUCCUCGGACCCCCCGUCCAACAACUCCAGCGGCGGCGGCGCCACCUCUAGCAUCCUCUCAAGUACGACGUCAACCACGAUAUCAUCAUCAUCAGCCGCUACCGCAGCAACCACCAUCACCACAGCCACGAGCAUCGCCACCACGACAUCCUCCACCUCCUCCGCAGUAGCCGCCGCUGCCGCCGCCGCUGCCGUGUGUACUGCUGCGGGGCCCGCCUCAGCCGCCGGUCUGCCGCCGCUCCCACCGAGUAAGCCACCACUGGGGCCCGCGGGCUGUAAUGUACAGCCCGCCACCGCUGCGGCGGCAGCAGCGGCGGCGCUUCCACCUCCUCCGCCUUCUCCGCCGUUGUUGUUGGACCCAGAGGCCUCCGCCCGGCUGUCCAAGGCACAACAGCUCAUGGGGAUGUACGCUAACCGUGAGCGAUUCUGUGCAUCUGACGCAUGGGUGCCGUACAAGGUGACGGUGCUGCGCAUGCUCAAAGCAGGCGCAAUGGCGGUGCACAUUGAUGCCUGCGCGGAUGCCGUACAGCUGCCGGACGGGACGAGCAUGGAUGUCUGGACUAGCGACCCAUGGAACCUGGCACAGCGGCUUCGACCCGGGAGUUUGCCCCUGUCGGAGCGCAUCGAGGGGGUGUCUCUGGGCGCCCGGGUGCUGCAGCAGCUGGUGCUGGCGGUGGAGUCCCUGGCGGGUCGAGAUGCGGUGCCCAAACUGACGGUGGUUCUAGCCAUUAAUGACGACCAGCGCAACGCAGUGGUGGCGGACAUCAUACGAACCAGGUCCUACGGGUUGAAGCCCGAGAACCUCAUCCUGACGGCGCAACGGAAGCGCUGCGGCUACCGGUACGACCGGGAUGCACAGGCGUUCCUAGAGGACCCCUCCACGCCGGCGCAGGUCCUGGGGAGCGGCUACUCGCUGUGCCAGCUAGCCUGGCUGGGUGAUGCCUUCUCAGUGACUCGGGAGGGGGAGCUGGCCAUGCUGAUGGCCCGCACGCUGCUCGAGCGGUUCGCGGAGCAGCGGGUGGAGUGGCUGCAUCUGGCCUUUAGCUUGUAUGCUGCGGACCGUCACGGCGGAAAUAUGGUAGUGCAGGCCGCGCCCGCCGCCUCUCUCACCAUCCCACGCGCCUACGACUCCACGUUGCUCACGAUCAAGACCCCGCCGGGCAGCGCGGGCGCCACUGGCCUUGUCCCCACACGUGUCGUCUCCGUCGCCGCCAGCGCCGCGGGCGUGGAGAGCAGCGGCAGCGCCAAUGCGGUUGUUGUGGACCUACGUGCCGCGGAGCUCAGCAGUCCGGUGAUGGUCGAGGUGUUGGCCGGAGUCCGGAAGCAAGCGGGGCACGAUGGCUGGGUGGGCCUGCAGCGCUACCUCCUGCAUGUACCUACAUUACAUGCCAUGCUUAACACGCUGGGCAUCUUCCGGCCCAAGCUGUUCAUGGCGGGGGAUGUGGCCCGACUGUCUUUGGACGCCGCCGACAUUACCGCCGACCGCCGGUUGGCGUGUGUGGCGGUGCAUGCCCGGAACAGUCCAGCGAUCCUUACCAGCCCGAACGAGGUGGAUGACCUCAUCCCGCUGCUGCUGGCCCAGGACCACUCAGCCGCCUUCAGGGACAUCAUCGCCGCCUCCAGCGACAUGGCCAGUUUAGCGGACGCCGCCGCUGCCGCUGGCGGCGGUGGUGGCGACGGCGCCCGGCCCGCCAUGGUACUGAUGACGACCAAGCCCGGCAUCCGCAUCCUGCUGUAUAUUGCGGCUAAUGAAGUCACUCAGCUGGCGGUGAACCUUGUGCUGCUAAUGGCGAGGCCUGGCCGCGAUGUCGUGCACCUGGUAACGGUUGUUCACAACAGCCUACAGAUGCCCUCAGGGCAGGCGCUGUUGCUCAAAUACCUCAAACAGAUUUCAAACGCCAUGAUCGAGGCGCACUCUGAGGUCCUUGUGAAGGGCGUCAAUGGAUUGCUGGAGGUGAUGGAAGGCGCUGCCUCCCGCCUGGCUCCAAACCUGGUGGUAAUGGCCUCAGCAGCCCUGACCAUGACCAACCUUAACACAGCCUCUGUCAUGGGCUCCGUCACAUUGUCUGUGCUGAAGCGGCUCACCUUGCCGGUAGCGGUGGCCACCAGCAACUGCAAGAACUUGGUGCUCACGCAGAGACGUACUGCGCUUCGCUGCAUGGUGCUGGUGGACCCCACUUCGAGGCCCGCACUCAACUUUCUGUGCUCCUCCUGCAUGGAGCCCAUGCGCGGCGAUAAGCUGGUGCUGGCCGGCCACCACCCCACCCGGCAAAUGACCACACAGCAGCAGCAGAUGCAGCGCCGUCUCAUUGACAACUUUGGCGACAUCUCGUCAAGCCACCGCUUCCACACACCCACCAAGCUCCAAUUAGACGGCCCUGUGGAUAAGGCCCUCAUCGCCGCCGCGGAGGACGAGGCCGUACAUCUAGUCGGGCUGCAGGUCCCAUUGGGAACCAAGGGCGUACCGGGCCAUGUACUUGGGCUCAUCCGUUCAUGCCGGGCCGGAGUGAUGGUGUUUAGGGACACUGCAUGA